AUGAGUUCUUCAGCGCAAUCCGGGCCAGAUGCGCCCACAGAGAAGAAGAAGGGACUGUUGUCCAGGAUGAAGACGGUACUUAAAAAGGUGGACGGUUCGAAGCGACUAUCAUUUUCCUCCAAGGUCCCGGUCGCUGGGUCGAGCACAACAAAACCUGCUCUAACUCCAGUUAUCGCUCCAGUUGAAGAGAAGCCAGCCCCCGUGGAAGCUCCAAAAGCGUUGCCAGAAGGACCCCAGCCAAAGAAGGUUAUUAGAUCCGACAUAGAUGCUGAGCGUGCUCGCAAGUUGGGAGAAAGAUUCAGAGUGACCAUUGAUCCUCAACAAUUCUCUUCCAAGCGGAUCGAAAAGGAAGUCUAUCGCAUUGAGAAACCGAUUCGCAUGAGGAUACAUCGACAAUGUCAUAAGUGUAAUACAAUCUUCGGAGGAAACAAGAUCUGUGCCUCUUGUGAUCAUGUCAGAUGUAAAAAUUGUCCAAGGUCGCCUGCCAAAAAGACCGACAAGAAGGAUAAGAAGGUCGUUGCACCAGUUGACGUUCCCGGUGUGUUGGAUCUGGAAGCCGACACGUACUGGGGUUUACAGCAAGAAACCGUCUUGACUCGGCCAAAUCCAAAGCCAGGACGACAGCCAUUGGUGAGAAAGAAACCAAUGCAAAGGGUCAGAAGAACCUGCUGCGAAUGUUCAAGCUUGUUUCUUGCAAACGCGAAGACAUGUACAGGCUGCUCUCACAGCCGGUGUGUAGACUGUCCUCGAGACCCUGCAAAGAAAAAGCAAUACCCCGAUGGAUACCCUGGCGAUGCUCCAUCAAAAGAUACUAGUAUUCCAGUUAAAUACUGCUGCCACAAAUGCAACAAAGUCUACGCUCCUGUCCCUCAUCCCGCCAGCGGCGAAGAAGUCAAACAAGACUGCGUACGAUGUGGCCACGAAAGAUGUCCAACCUGUCCUAUCGCUCCCAGGCUGAAGGUCGAGCCGGAACCCGAUCCAGAAAUCGUCAAGAAAGUAGAAGCCAAACUAGCCGCCCUGACCGUCAGUCCCACGCCCGCCUGA